AUGCUUUCCUCAAUGGUGGUGCCCUCAAACUCAAUCUAUGCCGGUCUAAACUCCAUUAUAUCUGGCAGUCCUUCUCCUACUAUUGAAAAUGAACCAUUUAUACCAGAAGACGUUGAAAACGAUCUCGACGGUGAAACAGAGACUCUGCCCAAUCUGUCACUUCAUGAUCUUUCUAGUGAAGAUUUAGAUAGCCACAAUCCAACAGCUUCCAAGUGGCGAGAUACAAUUACUGGUGCAUCUAAAGGAGUCACAGACAAAACUGAUGCUGAUUAUCAGCGUCUUAUCAAGCAAUGUAUCAAGUUUCUGAUUAGCAAGAACAUGAUUAAAAAACGUGAAGAUUUUGCUUGUUGCAAUCCACCCGACGAUGCACCUUUUUUCAUUGCGGCAUGGAUUAUGGACAAAUGCGAUGAUAUUUAUCUUGAUGGAACUUUAAAGCCAACACAUGUUGUCCGUGAUUCCUAUGUACAUGGCCAAAAGAUGAGAGCGUCUAUGACAUAUCUUUUUGGACGUGAACUUGGUUUAGGCUCAGAUAGGUGGAGAAGAAAUGAGCUUACGGGUAAAAUGAUAGGAAAUCCAUCAGUAUCCGACACCGUAGCAACAUACAUGAUGAGUUUGCGUGCUCGGAAGAUUCGAAAUGGUGAAACACCAACAAGUGCACGCGCAAUCACCUCAGCUACUCUAAAAGCUCUUUAUGAUGAAAAUCAUAAAUCCGAAAACUAUGAUAUCAAACCCUAUGCUCCAGGGUCUAGAAAAGAACAAGAUAGCAACCAUUGGGGAGGAGGAUUAGCCCGACGCGCUCUUGAGGCAAUUUAUACAAUUGCUUUUCUCUGUCUACUCCGAUCAGAUGAGGUAUUGAAAAUCCGACGAAUUAAGCCAUUUUAUCUGCGGUUACUAGCAGAAAAUGAGGCUCAUCUUUGUCCUGUUCGUGCAAUGGCAAAUUGGCUUGAUGCAAGCGAGAUUACCGAUGGCUACAUUUUUCGAAAGAUUGCAUCUGGGGAUAGGCCAUCGGCUGAUAACAUACCCAUGCGUCGAGAAGACUUUUUUAAUUCUGAUAAACCACCUGCAGUCAAGUGCUUUAUGUGUGGACGAACAUGUCACUGUGCAUAG